UUUUUACAUUAAAUUAUAACAAAUGGCUGAAACAAUAAAAGAAAAAAAGACAUAUGUCAUCGGUUCUCGUAAAUCCCAAUUAGCACUCGUACAAACCCAUAUUGUUCGUGAUAAACUUCAAACAUUAUUCCCGAGGGAUAAGAUACUUAAUCAAGCACUUAGCAAGAUUGGUGAAAAGGCCCUUUUUACAAAGGAACUUGAAAUUGCUCUUGAAAAUAAAACUGUCGAUUUUGUUGUUCAUAGUCUUAAGGAUUUACCAACAGUUUUACCUGAAGGUAUGCAUUUGGGGGCCAUUAUGGAACGUGAAAAUCCAAAUGAUGCAUUGGUGUUGAAUGCUAAAUAUAAGGGCAAGACAUUAAGUACUUUACCUCCCGGUUCUGUUAUUGGUACAAGCUCACUUAGACGAGUAGCACAAUUGAAAAGAAAGUAUCCUCAUUUAACAUUUACAGAUGUGAGAGGAAAUUUAAAUACACGAUUAGCCAAACUGGAUGAUGAAAAUGGUUCUUUCAGUGGUAUUAUUUUGGCUGUAGCAGGACUUGUACGUCUUGGACAAGGAGAUCGUAUAUCUCAAGUAUUGAGUGCCUCUGACUCUUUACAUGCCGUCUCUCAAGGUGCUUUGGGUAUUGAAUGUCGUAAAGAAGAUGAUGAAAUUCAAAAACUACUCGAGGCUUUAAACCAUAAUGAUACACGUCUUACUUGUUUAGCAGAACGUGCAUUGAUGCGUACUUUAGAAGGUGGUUGUAGUGUACCUAUUGGUGUUAAUACUAAAUUAGAAAACAAUAUACUUUGGUUACAUGGUUUAGUAGCUAGUUUAGAUGGCCAAGUUGUAGUUGAACAUAAAGAAGAAAUUAGUCUUGAAGGAGUAAAUACGAGAGAUGAAAGAGAAGUGUUGGCCGAGAAAUUAGGACACCAAGUUGCUAAUACAUUAUUGAAAAAUGGAGCAGAUAAAAUUUUAGAAGAAUUAGCUCAUCGUCAUCCUUAAAUUAGAUCUUAUUGUAAUUUUAAAAUUAAAACUUACUGUUAUUAUUAAUGAACAGGAAUAACGCCCUAUGAUUGGAUAGAUUUUAUUUUAUUUUAUUUUUUUUUUUUCACUUUUACAAGAAACUAU